UUCCUUCAAUUAUGAGUAACAUGCUGAAUCCGGAUGCUAUUUUUUCAAACAAUGAAAUGAGCCUGUCAGACAUUGAAAUUUAUGGUUUUGAUUACGACUACACAUUGGUCUUUUAUUCUAAACAUCUGCACACACUGAUCUUCAAUGCUGCUCGAGAUCUUCUUAUUAAUGAGCAUCGGUAUCCUGCAGAAAUAAGAAAAUAUGAUUAUGAUCCCAAUUUUGCCAUCAGAGGACUUCAUUAUGAUGUGCACCGGGCACUAUUAAUGAAGAUUGAUGCUUUUCACUAUAUUCAGCUGGGAACAGUUUACAGAGGCCUCACUGUUGUCCCAGAUGAAGAAGUCAUUGCAAUGUAUGAUGGUUCCCAUGUCCCUUUAGAACAAAUGAGUGACUUUUAUGGAAAGAGUUCACAAGGAAAUACAAUGAAGCAAUUCAUGGAUAUAUUUUCCUUGCCAGAAAUGACACUCCUUUCUUGUGUGAAUGAAUAUUUUCUGAAAAACAACAUAGAUUAUGAGCCUGUUCAUCUGUACAAAGAUGUCAAGGAUUCAAUCAGGGAUGUCCACAUCAAAGGAAUAAUGUACAGAGCAAUUGAAGCAGAUAUUGAGAAAUACAUCUGCUAUGCUGAACAAACUCGUGCCGUGUUAGCAAAGCUGGCUGAUCAUGGCAAGAAGAUGUUUCUCAUCACAAACAGUCCCAGCAGCUUUGUGGACAAAGGCAUGAAGUUCAUAGUUGGCAAGGACUGGAGGGAUCUCUUUGAUGUGGUCAUUGUACAGGCUGAUAAGCCAAACUUUUUCAAUGAUAAGCGAAGACCAUUUCGGAAGGUGAAUGAAAGGGGAGUGUUGCUUUGGGACAAAAUUCACAAACUGCAGAAAGGUCAGAUUUACAAACAGGGUAACCUGUAUGAAUUUCUGAAGCUUACUGGCUGGAGGGGCUCUAAAGUUCUCUACUUUGGGGAUCAUAUUUACAGUGACUUGGCAGAUUUGACCCUGAAGCAUGGCUGGCGCACUGGUGCAAUUAUUCCAGAGUUACGAUCAGAGAUUAAAAUCAUGAACACAGAGAAGUAUAUUCAAACCAUGACCUGGCUGCAAACCUUGACAGGAUUACUGGAACACAUGCAGGUUCACCGUGAUCCUGAUUCACAGAUGAUUUUAGAAGAAUGGAAGAAGGAAAGAAAGGAACUGAGGGAGAUGAACAGGAAUUUCUUCAACGCACAGUUUGGAAGCUUAUUCAGAACUGAUGAGAAUCCAACUUAUUUCCUAAGACGUCUCUCUAGAUUUGCGGAUAUCUACAUGGCAUCGUUGAGUUGUCUCUUGAACUAUGAGCCUGAUUACACGUUUUAUCCAAGAAGGACUCCUUUGCAGCAUGAACUUCCUGGCUGGUCAGACCAACUGUGCACUGGUACAUUCAGAAUACCUUUCCUACAAGAGACAGUUCAGGUCAAAUAA